UCUUUAUCUCUAUCUCAAUCUCUAUUUCUGGCUGUUGCAGGGAGAGAGAGAGAGAGGGAGAGCCUGUCUAUGGAAUGACCGACUACCGGUUGACGGCGAGCAUGAACCUGUGGACCGACGACAACGCCUCCAUGAUGGAGGCCUUCAUGUCCUCCGACCUCUCCUCCUUCUGGCCACCCCCUCCCCCGCUCCCACCUCCCCCGUCGCUCACCCAGCAGCCCUCCUCCUCCGCCGCCUCCUCCGCCGCCGCCGCCGCCCUCCCCGCCGCCGCCCCCGCCCCGUUCAACCAGGACACCCUCCAGCACCGCCUCCAGACCCUCAUCGAUUCCACCUCCCGCUACCCCUGGACCUACGCCAUCUUCUGGCAGUCCUCCCUCGACGGCGGCUACCCCGCCGCGUCGGCGUCGGCGUCGGCGUCGCCGCCGGCCCCCGUCCUCGGCUGGGGCGACGGGUACUACAAGGGGGAGGAGGACAAGUCCAAGGGCAAGGCCAAGAUCAGCGCCUCCUCCGCCGCCGAGCAGGAGCACCGGAAGCGCGUGCUCCGGGAGCUCAACUCGCUCAUCGCCGGGACCUCCGCCGCCGCCCCCGACGAGGCCGUCGACGAGGAGGUCACCGACACGGAGUGGUUCUUCCUCGUCUCCAUGACGCAGUCCUUUGGCAAUGACGGCAGCUUGCCCGGCCAGGCCCUGUUCAAUUCGAGCCCGAUUUGGGUGUCCGGCCGGGACCGCCUUUCCGACUGCGGCUGUGAGAGGGCGAAGCAGGGCCGGAUUUUCGGGCUGCAGACCAUGGUCUGCGUGCCCGUGAUCGGCGGGGUGGUCGAAUUGGGCUCCACGGAGUUGAUCUACCAGAGCUCAGAUCUGAUGAACAAGGUCAGGAAUUUGUUUAAUUUCAAUGGUGGGAUGGAGUUAGGGUUUGGUGGAAAUGGUAACGAUCAGGGCGAGAGCGACCCUUCUUCCCUCUGGAUCAAUGAUCCACCGGGCACGGUCGAGGUCAAGGACAGCGCCGCCGUCGCCGGGGCGGCUGCGGUGGCAGGUUCUUCGAAUUAUAAUGGUAGUAAUCAGGGGUCUAAAUCGAUUCAAUUCGAGAAUAAUCAUGUUUUGAGUAGCGUGAGCGAGAAACCGAGCGCGAUCCAUCGGGACAAUCCCCGCCACAAUUACCAGCAGAACAAUCAGCCGAUGCAGGGCCAGAGCUUUUUCGGCCGCGAGUUGAACUUCUCGGAGUUUGGGUACGAUGGCGGCAGUGCACGGAACGGGAAUUCACAUCCCAUGAAGCCGGAAUCCGGCGAAAUCUUGAGUUUUGGGGAGAGCAAGAGGGUUUCUUCCAACGGAAAUGGGAAUCUGUAUUCUGGUCAGUCGCAGCUGACGGCCGCGGAAGAAAGUAAGAAGAGGACGUCGCCUACUUCGCGUGGAAGCAACGAAGAAGGGAUGCUCUCGUUCACUUCGGGUGUGAUUUUGCCGUCCUCGGGGAUGGUGAAAUCGAGCGGAGGCGCGGGGGAUUCUGAUCAUUCAGAUCUCGAAGCCUCCGUUGUGAAGGAAGCUGAUAGUGGCAGAGUCAUUGAGCCGGAGAAAAGGCCGAGAAAGCGAGGUAGGAAACCUGCCAAUGGCAGAGAGGAGCCAUUGAAUCAUGUUGAGGCCGAGAGGCAGAGGAGGGAGAAGCUCAACCAGCGGUUUUACGCGCUCCGGGCCGUGGUUCCUAACGUUUCCAAGAUGGACAAAGCGUCACUUCUUGGCGACGCCAUUUCGUACAUCAAGGAGCUGAACUUGAAGCUCCAGACCUCGGAAUCUGACAAAGAGAAUCUGCAGAAGCAACUGGAAGCCUUGAAGAAGGAAUUAACGAAUAAAGAUUCUCGGUCUGCUCCGCCCCAGAGCGAUAAAGAUGUCAGUAUCUCGAACAAUCACGGUGCCAAGUUGAUAGAAUUGGACGUGGACGUGAAGAUAAUCGGAUGGGAUGUGAUGAUACGGAUUCAAAGCAGCAAGAAGAACCACCCCGCUGCGAAGCUAAUGCAAGCCCUAAUGGAGUUGGAUCUUGACGUGCAUCACGCCAGCGUCUCCGUGGUGAACGACUUGAUGAUCCAACAGGCGACCGUGAAGAUGGGUAGUCGGUUUUACACACAGGAACAGCUAAGGGUGGCGUUGUCGUCCAAAAUAGGAUAAGCCCGUUAGAAGCAGAGGGAGUAAUGAUAGUUAAGCAGUAUUAAGGAGCUUGUCGAUGUUUGAAUUAUCGACGCAAAUAAUCAGGGGCCGGGAUAUUUUGAGGCUCCCGGCAUGGCAAGUUCUGAAGCAAAAGCUGCCAAUAGGUUGUUUGUUCCUCUUGUAGUUCCUAGCGUAGCCUGCUAGUGUUUCCUAUUAGGUACUUUGGAUUGUGGAGCACUGAGAGAUAUGGUAAUUGUUGUUGAAGAUAAAAUAGCUGCUGAACGAGUUAGUAGCAUUUUGUCGUCGGGUCGAUUGUCUACCUCAUCUUUCUAUGUAUAUAGAUGUUCGAUAUUCAAAUCUGAUAACGCAACGAGGCUUUCCCGCGGUGUGUUCUGGUUUUCCACAAAA